AUGAAAGUCUACUAUUGGUAUGUCGGCCUGGAGCUUUUCGAAGGGCUCGCUGGCUGCGACUCAGAUGGAACGCUCGUUUACCUAUCUUUGGGCCAAUGGCAAUUUUUGGUUGACGUUGUCAAACGAGACUUUCUUCCCGUCAAAAGAAACCAUGAGCUUUUGGCGGGCCAUCCUGACAAACAGAGCGACGGAACAAAAGAAACGCUCGCGCUUCUUCUGGAGAUCUUGGGCAACCCGGCAAACAUCGAUCGAAUCGGACGUAAAAUCCGGCUCCGCUACAUUUUUGGAACGCUGUUCCAGCGCAAAGUGUGGGACACUUUAAUGACUAUAAAAAUGGGCGAAACCCUAACUUACAGCGAGGUGGCCGCCCGGGCGGGCGGGAAAAAGGGCGCGUCGCGCGCCGCCGGCCAUGCAUGUGGCGCCAACAGAAUUGCCCUUUUGGUUCCGUGCCACCGCGUGGUUUCGAGCGCGGGAGCAUUGACCGGUUACCGGUGGGGCAUAGACGUAAAGCGGCAGCUUCUCGAUACCGAGCGGCAGGCUGCAAAAAAAGGACUAUAG